CACGUAUACGCAACGCCUUGAAUCAAAUGCACACGCUGAGUGGCAGUAGUGGGGUCUUAUUAGAGAGUUAGCUGCGUAACUUGGGGUGGACAGUUCUAGUACAGCUGCAGCACCGAAGUCGGCUCAUUGACACUCACAGCAUCAACGGCCAAAGCAACAGCCUCGCGAUACCAGAACCACCAGUUGAAGAAAGCGGGCACAGGAGAGCGACGCUUUCUGUAAAAUUGCACAGUGCACCAUCGACAUCCAGGGCUUACCACAUUACACGAGUGACGAACUGGAAGUAGGUAGGCAGCAUGAAGAAGCGUAGCCUGGCUGGGAACGUUGGCAUUGGGAUAUUUUUGCUGGCCCUCGUCUGCGUCGUCCUGGCGUUCAGCACGUCUGGAUGGCUGGUGAGUGACCAACGCAUCACCAACGCCCAGCUCGAGAUGCUUGGGCUCUGGAGGCACUGUUUUAGAUCCCUGCCCAACCCCAUCGAGGCGGAUGCGCCAAGACGUUUUUUCGUCGGUUGCAGAUGGAUCUACGACCCAUUUACCGCUGGCUACUCCGACAUCCGAGGCUUCCUUCUACCUCCAUUCAUGUUAGCCACGCAAUUCUUUUUUACAAUUUGCUUCUUGGCGUACUUGAUUACACUGGCCUUAAUAGUCCUGUACGCCACGUGCUGGAACCCAGAAGAAAGACGUUAUGUACUACUCAUAACUACCAUUGGCGGUGUCCUGACGAUUGGAAGCAUCUGUGGCUGCAUUGCUGUUAUUAUAUUCGCGCUAUUCGGCAAUGCUGACGGUUGGAUGCCUGGUCACUUCAAUAACUUUUUUGGAUGGUCGUUUGUUGUGGCCAUUGUUGGAAGUGUUGCCGGUCUCAUUGCUAGCUUAUUAUUCCUUGUGGAAAUGAAUAUUCAGAAGAAAAAACGAAAAAAUCUCAAAGAAUCUCAAACACGAUUUCCCAUUGAAACUCGUAACUAAGUGUUAAACUCUACACUUUAUGUGAAAUCCGUCCAAUUUAAGAUAUUUAUAAGUGACUAUGACUUUUUGUAAAACAAAAUUUAAUUUAAGUGCAUUGUAUACAUAAAAUUUGUCAUUAAUUGUACAUGUACAUCGUGUAACGAUGAUAACGAUAUCCGUCCAUAGGUUUUAGUACAAAAUUUUAUAAGCUAAGUAUUAUCAUUAUUAGUGCGUAUUAUACGUCGUUAUUUAUACAAAUGCUUUUUUAAUUGUUAUAUACAUUUUUUUCCAAAUAAAUACAAAAUUUACU